AUGUCAAGGAAUUUAGCUGACUAUUUUGCCAAGAAUACCAAAACGGAUCAAGUUAAUGCCAAUUCAAAUGAUAAUGACGAUGAAGAUAUGGGCCCCUCUGUCUCUAUGGCUGUAGAGGCUGAAAACGAUGAAGAUUUCAAACGAUCAACCUUCAGUUUGAAAAGAACAAGAUCUAUGGGUGUAUUAGACGGUUACGCUGAUCCCUCCAAGAAAUUGUUAGCGGGAGAUGAUGACGCUGAUGAGGAGGAAGAAGAUUAUGAUGGAUCACGUCAAUAUAAUAGUCACUCCACUUCAGUAUCACCGCCUUCGGCAGAUAAUGAUAAUUUCCUGCUGCCACAGGAUGAUAAUGAUGUAGUGAGAGAACCUGAAAGACACGUGGAUUAUUUAUCUCAUGAAUGGAAAGAGUCAGAGAUUCAAAACUCUUGGAAGUAUAUCAUAUUGAAGAAGAAGAAAAGAGAUGUCGAUUUAAUUAAUGCUGCACGUCUAGAGAACGCAUCAUGGAGAACUUGGGCAAAGGCAAGAAACCAUUUGAAAACCGUAUCCCCUGAAAUCGUUAAUUGGUCUAAGGAUUCCGAUGUUACUUGGCUUUAUGGUCCAAUAGUUAAUAAUGAUAACGAUAGCAUUACAAGUGGGAACGAUAAGAAUGCUGAUAUGGUUAGAGGCUAUGGUUCAGACGAUGAAAACUCCAUGAGAAUGACACCCAAAGUACAUCAUCAUAAGAAUAAGAUAGCUCCACCCAAACCAAUUUUGAAAAAGAGAACUGUAACAGAAAUUAUAGAGGAAAAUGCACAAUGGAAAUUAAAUGAAGCAAGGAAACAUAUAAACGAAAUUAAACAUGCUGCUGUCGUAAUGGACCCUAGUUCAGGGAAAGACCUACAUGAUGAUUAUGAUGCUCUCGCAGCAAGAGUUAACGCUCAAUAUUAUUCUUCAAGACCAAACACGACGGGAUCGUAUUCUGAGAAUUCGAGCUUUGUGCCCAAUCAAACUGUUGCAACAUCAUAUUCUUCUUCAAAUGAUAUCAUAAACUCUAAACAACCUAAUAUGAAAACACUUACUCCAGAUCAGGAUCUUAUAAAUCAGGAUACAAAUGCAUCUGCCAUUAAUAAUGGAAUCCCCCCUGAAUUACAUGUAAGCACAACUGAACAAAAACCUUCAAAACGAUAUCCUGACUCACUUGCCAGUUCUUCUGAUCAAGAUGAUACUUCAACACACCUCUCAUCCAUCUUGGCAUCUCCCGCUAAAUUAAGCUUAAAAACAUCCAAGACAACAAGGGAUAGGCAUAUUCAUUUUAAUGACCGCGUGGAACAAUGUAUGGCAAUACGAUAUCAAGCACCUAGUUCCGACUCGGACGCUGAUAAUUCUGAUAAAGAUAUAAAUGAAAGUAAAAAUGAAAACUCAGUGGAUGGGAACGAUAGUAACCUUACAUUAGAAAAGAUCAACACAAAUAAUUCGCUAAGGCAGGCCCCAUCAAUAUUUAGUAACGAUGGUGAUGAAGAGGAUGAUAGUGAUGAUAUAACGAGUUCCGAUGAAGAGAAUGAUGCCGAUUAUGGCGGCCUUUUUAUAAACGCUAGAUUUUCAAGAAGAUCAGAUACAGGUAUUCAUUCUCCGGUGACCGACAAUUCCUCCAUUGGCUCUUCAGUUCAUUCAAGAUCAACAAUAAGACCAAUUAUCAAAUUAUUACCAGCCACUACUUUAAAUUAUGGUUCAGAUGAAGAGUCAGAAGAUAGUGAAUUUAGUGGCUAUGGUAAUGCUGUUUCACAUAAUGUCAACACAUCAAGAGGUUAUGAUUAUAUUUAUGAUUAUAAUUCUGUGUAUACCGGCGAUACAUCAAGCUUCUUGCCCGUGGACCAUUGUGACAUCGUUGAUGUACCUGAAGAUAUUGAUUUGAAUACACCCAUGGAAGAAGAUGAUAAAUCUACUUAUGAAUUUAACCAUGCUGUAAAUAAGGCUAAGAUCGCACCGUCACUACCAUCUCCUAAAAUAAAACAAACCGAAAGGGCUAACGAUAAGGGAUUUAUAUUUGGAGAUGAUGAUGACGACGCAAUAUACUCUUCAUCUUCGGAUAGCGAGGGAGAGUUUAUAGAAAAUUCCAAUUACAAACUUAGUGAUGACGAUGACGACGACGACGACGACAAUGAUAUAGAGGAAGAAACAAUCCCAGAUGAUCUUUCAUUAAAGCGAACAAUAUCUUUCGGAAAAAGUAGCCGAGCUGAUUCCUUAAAGGAUCUAACAGAGUCUCUGUCGUCAACCUCUUUGGGUCCAACAACCAGCUUCAUUACGGGAAAACCAUUAAGUCAACAAACACCUGGGAAAGAUCUUCAGCAGACAAAAAGCCCAUUGAUACGGACAAGAAAGCAAGAAGGAAGGCCUUCAAUGAAACGUAACCCAUCAUCAACAAGUUUUAUUUUUGAUUCAGAUAGUGAUGUGGAAGAUGAAGAUGAAUCUAAUACAGAUUCCGAAGUGGACGAAUAUCAAGAGAACUCAAGCGACAAUAGCAAAGUUAUAUCAGAAACUGCCCCCAAAUCUACCCAGGUUAAUGAGCUACCCAAAACAUUUAGAAUACCAAGCAACUCUAUCCCAUCACCUGCUGAAGUAGGCCCCAGUGAUGUUGCAAUUAAGGGAUAUUUUGCUCCAAGGAGCAAUUCGGUAAAAACUGUUUUCACAAAUACAAGCCAAAUCCAUACCCCCCAAGUUCAAGAACCUAAACAGGUUCCAGUUGAGGGAGAAAUUUAUUCUACUGUGAAUAAACAUGACGAAUCUAAUGAUGAUGAACAACACCACUCAAGCAGCGAGAGUUUACAUAACGUGGUACGAAAUGCUAAAGGCAUUGCAAAUAAAUAUUUACACUCUUGGAAAAAGAGCGAGGAUGGUAUACAACGACAUGUUGAUUCAAACUAG